AGGUAUAUUUAGGCUACUCAACAUGCUUUCUCAUCCUUGGUGCUUCAGCCUCGGUCUUAAAUACACAACCGAAGAUUCACUUUGAGACGGAAGAAAAGUAAGAAUUGGCAGAAUGGAAGAUUCUCAGCAACAGCUUUUUUGCAAACCAAAAACCCCAUUCACUGGUCCACUCCAGGGGGGCUUGCAGGAAGGGAAGAGCAUCAUCGUGAGUGGAACGGUUUUGCCAAAUGCCAACAGAGUUCAUGUGAACCUUGAGUGUGGUGAUGAUAUUGCUCUGCACUUUAACCCACGCUAUGAUGAUGGCCCUGCAUAUGUGGUGUUAAACACUCUUCAAAAGGGUAACUGGGGCCCAGAACGCACGGGUGACUCUUUCUUACUCCAAGGCGAACCAUUCAUGCUCCAGAUCCUUGUCACCAACCAGACUUACAAGAUAAGUGUCAAUGGGAAACACUUCAUGGACUACAAACACCGUAUUCCUAUCACUGGGGUGAAAAGUAUGUUUGUGAAUGAAAUGGUGAAUCUGGAUUUCAUUGCCUACCAGAAGCCUGAGGUGGUCCCAUACAAAACCUUGUUCAAAAAUGGACUACAGCCUGGCAAAGACAUUGUCAUUUAUGGACUUCCUAACCCUGACUGUAAAAGGAUCGAGAUGAAUUUCCGUCACAGAUUUGGGAUUGCAUUUCACUACCUAUCCUAUUUUGAUGCGAAUGUGGUUAUCCGCAACACCUUUGAGAAUGGGGCGUGGGGAAAAGAAGAAAGGAGUGGAGGUGUGCCUUUUAAAAAAGAUGAACUCUUUAAGGUCACCAUCUCCUGCGAUAAAGACCAGUUCACUGUGUUUGUGAAUGACCAGCAAGCACAUACUUACAAGCAUCGCUUUGCUAAACUGGAGGACAUUGACGUCUUUGAAAUUUAUGGAGACUUGCAACUGAUUUUUUGAAACCCUUUUAAGGAUUCAGGUUUAUAGGAAGUGCAUAUUUAAAACUUCCCCUAAUGACUGAUGAUUUAUCAUAUCAUAUGCUUAAAAAUACACACAUAAAGUGCUGGGCAGAUUAUUUACAAAUUGUAGUCGGUUUAAGCAGUAUGCUUUUUUAGAAAGGAAAAUUUAAAAGAUAAAAAAGUAGUAGUAUAGGGACAAACAAAUAAAUUAUGAAUAAUUUACUGCAAUUGUGAGAUUAACAUGUAAUCAUGUAAUCAAUAAAAAAUAACUGUACUCUGA